UCCUCCACUACACAGCGCUCUCUCCUAGGCGCAGCGCGUCUCCGGCUCCCGCACCCGGCAGUUCUAUAAAUACCUGGUGAAGAUUAAGAUCCCCUCCGACGGCAGAUAAGAUCUAUGCAAAUCGCCAGCCCGGCUUCUGUACAACUGUCAGGCCUCUUAAUGUUGUGGUUUGAGAGUCUGACGGAAUAACAUAACACACCAUGUGGCUGUAACGGAAGAAUUAUCCGCAGCAAGGAUUUACAAUUGAAACCUGCCGUUUUGCUACGUUUGCAAUGGAUUUUCUCAAAAAGAUUUUGCUGUACGCCAGCCUUUGCUUGUUUUGGGCGGACUGUUCCAACCCAGGCUGUGUGGAGGUUGAGUCGGACACUGAGGCAGUCAAGGACAGUAACAUGAAGCUGAGGUGCAUCUCCUGCAAGAAGCGGGGUGAAACUGAGGCGUCGACAACCGCCGAGUGGUUCUUCAGGCCAAAGAAGAACGAGACCUACUACAAGAUAUACGAAUACAGUUAUCCAGAUAUCGACAUCUCCUUUGGUGUCUUUGAGAAUCGGAUCGAGUGGGGGGGAAGUAAGCACACGACGGACAUCCAGGAGGCCACCAUCAUGCUGCACAACGUCACCUUCGAGGACGCUGGCACCUACAGGUGCUACUUCAACCGCACGUUCAUGUUCCGGAAAGGAGAGUUCAUUUUUUUCACACAGACAAACAAAACCAUCGAGCUGACGGUCGUUCCGAAAGCUAACCGUCUUCUGGCAUCCAUCAUUGGGGAGAUCAUGAUGUACUUUCUGAAUGUGGUGCUGACGUUGUGGCUGUUUGCAGAGAUGCUGUAUUGCUAUAAGAAAAUCGCGGCAGCAGGCGAAGAAGCUAUCCAGGAAAAUGCGUCGGAUUACUUGGCGAUAACUUCGGGAAGCAAGGAAGAUUGUACAGGGGUUCAAGUGGAAGAAUAACGAUGGGCGUGACGUGCACCCCUCUAGUGUAUUGUAACACAUGGGUACCGCUCAGCACAGACUUCAGGAAUGUGGCAUGUAUGGACAGCUCCCUCAGCUCACAUUGGAGCUGAAUUUUCAUCAGUUUUAUCUCUCUUCUGCAAGUCAACUUUCAGUUCCAAGAGAAUGCUUAAGACGUUAAACGUGCAUGAUCCUAGCCAAAUUCAGCAACAGAACAAAAAUAGAUCUUGCCCUUGGCAAGGUGUUUCCCGUCGGACCACCAAAGAGGUCGCCCGUCUUGCUGGAUCCGUUGCAAGUUUUGCGACAGGUUUCAAAGUUUCUCGAGGGCGGGUUAAAACCCCCACCUUCAGCACCCUGCCCCUCCGCCCCCGCCGCACCACUCGCUUUGCAGAAAUAUCAGAGGAAAGAGGGUGUUGCUUUCACGGGGCUGUCCGCUGUAGGGUUUUCGGGUGGUCUCUGCAACUCCCACCCCCACCCCCCCAUUCCCUCUCCCACCAUUUGGAGACAAGAGUUGGGGGGUGGGGUGGGUUUGUUUGCAGGGCGGGAGGUUCUCCUAACCGUCUGGUCUGUCGCUUGGGGGUCUUGCCUGCCAAUCUAUCCCGCGUGAUUUACCCUCUUGUAGACCACGGGUUGGAGACUCUGGAUAGGUGUUGGUGGGGCGAGGAGGGGUGGGAGUAGGGGGGUGGCGGCGGGGUUGGGGGGCGUUGUGGGGAGCUGGGACGUGGGAGGCGGGGGCUCGGAAAUUGCGAUUUCGCACCGGUCGCCUGUUGUUACAGGCGAGAGUCCGAUUGUCCUGCCUGCAGGUAUAGUCUCGCCACGGUGUUUAGGGGCAGAGAAUCCCGGCUGGCUCGGUUCCGGGGGCACUGCCCCUAUUGACAGGCAUGAUCUCACCAUCCUAGCAACAGACACACUGUCCUGGCAACAGGCACUGACUCACCCCCUUGUUACAGGCACAGUCCCAGUCUUUGUUACACUGUCCUCAUUACAAAGUCCCAGUGUUAUUCCAGCUACAGCAUUAUCGUUCUAGUUACAGUUGUAGCCAAAUUGUCCAUGUUACAGGCACAAUCUGAAAGUCACAGUCGAGUUCAUUGUCAGACGCACAGGUCCGUGUGUGCACGGGUGCAAUGAAAAACUUACUUGCAGCAGCGUCACAGGCACAGAGCAUCAGAGGCACAACAUUCACAAGAAAGACAUGAAUUAAACAUAAAUUAUACACAAUAUUUCCAAGAAGGAUCACAAUUAGAAUAAAACAAAGUCCAUUGUAGUGUAAAGCGGUCCCAGUGUUGCUGUACUGAGGCAGUGAUUAGGGUUGUGCCGGUCAGUUCAAGAACCGAAUAGUUGAAGGGAAGUCGCUGUUCCUGAACCUGGUGGUGUGGGGACUUCAGGCUUCUGUACCUCCUGCCCGAUGGGAGCUGCAGGCUGUCUUAGUUACACCCUAAGUCCUCAUGGUGCCGGUUGUGGGUGUAGUUCCACUGCCCUGUGUACAGGCACGAUCCGGUUGCCCCGGUUACUGAUGGAGUCUCACAAAAUCCUGGCGUCGCUGCCUGUUUGCGAUCUCCUGAUUACUCUGUCCUCGUAAAAGGCAGAGUCCUGGUGUUGUUGCAGGUACCGUCUUGCUGGUCUGGUUACAGGUGCAGUCAUGCUGUUGUGGGGGGGCUUGGUACAAGCACAGUCUCACUGUCCCUGGUUACAGGCAGAGGGUUGCUAUAUGGUCACGGGUGCAGUCUUGCUGUCGCGGUGACAGGCACAUGCUUACAGUCCCUGUUACAGGUUAGUUUCGGUGUCCCGGUUGAAAACACAGUCUCGUUCUAUGGUUACGAGUGUAUCCUGGUUACAGGCGCAAAAUCACAAUCCUGGAUAUAAGCAUAGCCUUGCCACUUGUUUGUGCCAUUCUGGUCUAGCUCAUCCUCAUUGCAGACAGGAUCACCAUUUUGUUACUGAUGUAGUAUUGCUGUCUUUGUUACAGGCAGAGUCUGAUUGUAGUAUUGCUGUCUUUGUUUCAGUCAUAGGCUCACUGUCCCAGUUACAGGUGGAACCUCACCGCCUGUUCUCUGUUCUCCUGUCACAAGCACAGUCCUGCUGUCCUGGUUACAGGCACACCUCCUUUCCCUGUACCAGGUGUACAACGUUAAUCUGCCAUCACUUUACAUCCAAGCUAAAAAAAAACCCAGACCAUUUCCACGGAUCUGUACUGACAUUUCUUCCCCCAACACUCCUUGCAACGGAAGCCAAAGUCUUCCUGGGAGUCUCUGAUCAGCCGUGGGACUGUGUGUGUGUGUGUGUGUGUGUGUGUGUGUGUGUGUGUAUAAGAGAGUGUGUGUGAGAGAGAGAUUUUGUGAGUGUAUGAGAGAGAGAUUUUGUGUGUGUGUGAGAGAGUGUGUGAGAGCAUGUGUGUGAGAGAAAUUUUGUGUAUGUGUGUGAAAGAGUGUGUGAGUGAGAGAUUUUGUGUGUGAGAGAGUGCGUAAAUCUGAGAGUGUGUGUAUGAGAAUGUGUGUCAGAGCAGUGUGUAUAAGGGUGUGUGUGUAAGAGAGAUUGUGAGUGUGAGAAAGGAACAAUAUGAGAGUGUGCACACACGUAUGUGAGAGACUGUGUGUGUGUGUGUGUGUGUGUGGUGGGGAUUUUGUGUGUGUGUGUGUGGGGUGGGGAUUUUGUGUGUGUGUGUGUGGGGUGGGGAUUUUAUGUGUGUGUGUGGUGGGGAUUUUGUGUGUGUGUGUGUGUGUGUGUGUGGUGGGGAUUUUGUGUGUUUGUGUGUGUGUGUGUGUGUGUGUGUGGUGGGGAUUUUGUGUGUGUGUGUGUGUGUGGUGGGGAUUUUGUGUGUGUGUGUGGUGGGGAUUUUGUGUGUGUGUGUGUGUGUGUGUGUGUGAUUUUUACAUGUAUGUAUAUGUGCGUGUGCCUGAGCGAGUGUGCAGAUCCUCCCCCCUCCCUCAGCCCUCCACCCUCUCGCUCAGUUGACCCCAAGCCAGAGAUGAAAGUUGAAACCAUCUCAUGCUCUUAUUUCCCCACCGAUGACGCCAGUUUUAAACCCUAGAGGUGGACAUCGAUGAACAUCCAGGUUCUGCCAAAUAUCUGCAUGAAACUUCCAUGCCAGGUGACGUGCCCCGAUCUCAAUGGAGACCUGGCUUCACCGGAUCCCAGCACAGAUCCGCCUAACGCUCCAAGGAGUCUGGUGAUUGAACCUUCACCAACUAUGCAGCAUGGUUUUAUAUAAACUGUACAAACAGUUUCAUGAGCAUUCUGUACCAGAGAGCUGGUUAGGAAUCGAACGUGAUUAAUUUUCCAAUUCAAAAAUAAAUGAUGUACGACGUU